AUGAGUUUAAACCAUUAUUUGAUAUUUAUUAUAACUUUAUGUAUAUUAAAUGUAUAUGGACAAUUUGUGCCAGAUACUCGAACGGGACAUUCUGCAGUUUUCUCUGAAUCUGAAAAAAAAGUAUAUUAUAUAGGAGGAUAUAAUUCUAAUAAAUCAGAACCAACUGAACCUAAUCCUAUAAGUGACUUUUUUUAUCUUAGUAUCGGCAAUGAUGAUUUUUUUGAAUUUACAGAUUUAACGAGUCAAGCAAAAUUACCAUUAACAGUAUUUCAUGUUUCUGAAUUAGGUGGUGCUAAUCAAGAUUCAAUAUUUAUCUUAGAGGGUGCGCAUUGGAAUGCUGCAGAGACAAAUUAUGUAUAUAGGUUUGAUACUAAAAUAAAUCAAUUAAGUAUACCUGUAGUUAAAGGAAAAGCCCCAUCAAUGCGUAAAGGAAUUUCUUCUGUUAGUUCUGAAGGGAAAAUUUAUUUAUUUGGUGGUCAAAUUGGUAGUGGUAAUGACGUUACAUUCUUUAAUAAUUUUGAUAUUUUUGAUACUAUUAAUUUAAAUUGGCAAGUUGGUAGCUUAGUUAAUUCUCCAGUUGGCAGAUCAUUCUAUACAGCAACAUUAGUUAAUGGGGUAAUUUAUUACAUUGGCGGUAGAACACAAGUUAACGUUUAUUCUCCAUUAACCGAGAUUUAUCAAUAUGAUAUUGUAGCAAAUACAUGGUCUUUAAAGAAAGCUACGGCUGUAGAUGCUGAUUCCAUGCCAGGUUCUAGAACUGCUCAUUCUGCCGUUUUAAUUAAUGGAAAAAUCGUUAUAUAUGGAGGAUUUUUCUCUUCUGCUGAUACACCAUAUAAUAUACCAGCUAAAAAAACAAUCGCAAUGUUGGAUGUUAAUACAUUAGUGUGGUCAAUACCAAACUUUGAUAUUAGGAAAGAAAACCUUAUUCCGAAUCUUGCUUUUCAUACUGGUACAGCGGUUGGUACAGUUAUGCUUAUUGCUUUUGGAAAUUUUACGGACAUUCCAAAUAGUAUUGACCAAACUAAUAAAGUAAUUUAUUCCUUCCUUUUUGGUAACCCAUCGCAAAUUACAUCGAAUGUUAUAUCUUCAUUUAUUAAAGUAAAUUCGAGUAAUGAUCCAAAACCGCAACUUCCGACUUCUACUAGUAACAAAAUAAAUCCACAACAACCUUCCUCAUUAAGUAAAGUGGUAAUUGUUGGUGUAUCAAUUGUUUCAGUAUCAGUGGCUUUGGCAAUAUUCGCAGCAAUUUCAGUAGCUUAUAAACGUAAAAAGAAAAAUCAAGUACAAUCAGGAGAUGUACUCAAUAAUCCGAAUAAUGAAAAAAAUCAUUAUGAAUAUCAACAACAAUAUACUUCACAAUUUGCGUCCCAACAAUCACAACAACAUUAUACUCGAGAUCCUCCCACAAUUGAAUCUCCAUAA